UGUCUUGCCGCCCGCGUGUCAAGUCUCGCGAGAGUUCACCGGAAGGCGGUUGGGCUGAGGCGCUUUUCUGCGUGUCUGUUCCUCCGGAGGGUCGCUUUGCCGACCUCGCCUUCGCCUCUUUCUCUUGGGAGUCACUCGCCUCCAGGACCGUCAUGUCUCGCUACCUGCGGCCACCGAACACUUCGCUCUUCGUGAGGAACGUGGCUGACGACACCAGGUGUGUGUCUGAAGACUUGCGUCGUGAAUUUGGUCGCUAUGGUCCGAUAGUUGACGUUUAUGUACCUCUGGAUUUCUACACUCGCCGUCCAAGAGGAUUUGCUUACGUUCAAUUUGAAGAUGUCCGUGAUGCUGAAGAUGCCCUUCAUAAUUUGGACCGGAAGUGGAUUUGUGGCCGCCAAAUAGAAAUCCAGUUUGCUCAAGGAGAUCGGAAAACACCAAACCAAAUGAAAGCCAAGGAAGGAAGAAAUGUGUACAGCUCUUCCCGUUAUGACGACUAUGACAGAUACAGGCGUUCUAGAAGCCGCAGUUAUGAAAGGAGGAGGUCAAGAAGCCGUUCUUUUGACUACAGCUAUCGCAGAUCCUAUAGUCCUAGAAACAGUAGACCUGCUGGAAGACGUCGACGUAGCAGAAGUCGUUCAGAUAAUGAUAGGUUCAAACAGCGUAACAGAUCUUUUUCAAGGUCAAAGUCCAAUUCAAGAUCACGAUCUAAGUCACCACCCAAAAAAGAAAUGAAGGCUAAAUCACGUUCUAGAUCUGCAUCUCGCACUAAAUCUAGAGGCACCUCUAAAACGGAUUCUAAGACACAAUAUAAGUCCAGCUCAAGAUAUGAAAAAGAAUCAAGGAAAAAAGAACCAGCUAGAUCCAAAUCUCAGUCGAGAUCGCAUUCUAGAUCUAGAUCAAAAUCCAGAUCCAGGUCAUGGGCUAGUCCCAAGUCCAGUGGCCACUAACAUUGUACCUUGUUUUUUAGGCAUGUACCAUCCAGUUACACAGUUGAGUUAUGAUGUUGCAACAUUGCUUAAAAUAACUUUUUCAGUUAUCCUGGUAGCAGACAGUUACUACUAUUAAAACACAAUAUUGAGAAUCUUAUACAAGAGAGUCCACUUUGUUAAAUGUCACGGGCAGCUACUGAGGUUCUUGUGGUGUUUCUAUGUAUAUUUUUGUAAAAGACUUGCAUUUUUAUGCUUCAAAUAUCAAUGGUACCUUGAUUAUGACCAUAGUUUACAGCUUGUCCUAAUGAUCUCAUCCACAAACAAUAAGUAUUCCAUGUAUAUUUAAUUUCUCUAAUAAUACCUGCAGUACAGCUGGAAAACUGGGCAGUUGUAUAGUGACUGCUGUGAAAUAGAAAUUGAUACUUUCAAGUUUGAGGAGGGGAUUUGCAUUUGCUGUGACUGGUGGUGCCAAAGUGGCUCUUUCCUGGGGCACUGUGAAAGAUGGUACUGAGGUUCUCAUUGAUACCAACGGAAGUGAUGGUUCUGGCAGUGUAACAAAAAGGGGAGAAAUCAAACCAGGAGAGCCUGUUGUGGCUUUUGUCACAAUUCCAGGUGCUUUUUUCUGGCAACUAUGUUAACCCCUAAAAUAUAUUCAGUUAAAUAAUUAGGUAAAUGUGUGUACAUCUGUCUCCAGUUUGGUGUUUCUAGUGAACAGCUGACCUCAGAAUUGCUUAGGGUUACUUGCUGUAUAAGUGCAAAUAAAACAUCUCAGAUUAAUGUGUACAAUAUGUAAGAAUUAAUUUAUGCCAAUGAAUUCAUGGGUAGCUUGUGUAUCCAUAAAUACCAAUUUCUAGUCACCUAUCCCUAAUAAUUAUAACUGAGUUUACAUGUCAGAACCUACAUCAUAGUAGGUCAAGAAAGUCUCUGUUUCUCCAGGGGCUGAUUAUGAUUAUACAUUGUGCUCCAGUUGCAAGAUAGCACAUCUUAAGUGUGUUCACACUGUAUGAAGAAGCGCUGCAUCCUUAACGUCUGAUUUGUUGUAACAAAGUAUCAAAAUGGAAUAUAAAUUGCCAUGGCAUAAUUUCAAAGUAUUCUCUGCAGAGAGUUCUAUGUUGUAUUACAAACCAUAGCUUUUCUGUUGACAUGUGAAAGCCAGUAUCAAACACUUAAAAGGCCCUCUACUUCUGUUUAGUAGGAUAACUGAAUGUUGAUGAACUAUUUUGCUUCUAUAGAAAACUACUCUUAAUUUUACUUGUUUUAACAGGCCAUUCGGUGUAAAGCUGGCUUUUAACAUUCUGGCUGUGGAAUGUGUCUAAGAGGUGGUUCUAGAAUCUUUGUAUAUUUGAUAGUAUUUCUUAACUUUCAUUUAAUGUUAAAAGUUAAUGUUCUGCUAUGCAAUCAUUUAUAUCUGCGUUUCUUUAAUCUUGUAGACUUUUCCCUGAUGUAUAGUUUAAAACAAAGUGUAAAAUGGUAGCAUUGCUGUGCAGCUCUGGUCAGAGGAAAGUUGUGGAAAUAAACUUUGUAUUUCCUUUCUUAUAGAGGCUUCUAAAAGGGUAUUUUUAUAUGUUCUUUUUAAAAUACUGUGUACUACUUUAAAACAUCAAGGAAGACCCAGCUUAUUCUCUGCUGUAAAUUUAGCAAACAUGCUGUAAUAAAAAAAGAUCCGGUGAUUCUUUA